AUGCGUUUCUCUCAGAGAAUCAACGCCGCUCGCCAUCAGAAGAGCAAGCCCCAAGGGUCUCAUAAACCUCGCUUGGUCCGCCGUUUACGCAGGAAACUGGAAAACACAAGGACACGCUCAAAGCCUAAUGAUCUUCACGUUUCUAGUCACACAAAUAAAAAUACACCAUUGAAGAUUUCCGCUGUUCGUGUUCCUCACAGUGAUACCAUUGCGGCAGUCUCUAGGAGUACAACUUUCUAUGGAGUCGCUGCUGCUGAGAUUACUGCCAUUCCAAUACCCCUGCAGCAAACAAGUACCAACGUAACCAACACCGUUGGCGCUGGGUCUCCACUCCUUGGGGCAAUAUCUAGUGACAUUAUAAUAACGGGCACUCCUGCACCUACUACUCCCACUCUGGUAACCCGUCCUUCUAAAUUGACUCCUGCUAGGGCUACAUUUUCUGCUCUUCCUCCCCUUUUGUCUGCGCUCCUACCGUCGUCGACGGUCACGACUACUGAAUUUACAAGGGUGUCUUUUCCAUCCGAAACACUUCAGUUAAAUCCUAGCAGCAGCAGCCAACCUGAAAAUAUAAAGUCGCAUCAAAUCACGGUCGUUGUCAUAGUGCUUCUUUCUGUCGGCUCUGCACUUCUUCUUCUCGGUGUUUGUUUGAUAGUAAAAAUAUGUACUCGUCCAACCCGGCAACCUAGACCUACUCCCUCUCUUCCAGUAAUGAAGGAUGUCGAAGCCGACGAAGAUUACUUGGAAACUGUAGAGUCACCUCUCUUUGGAGGAGAAGCUAGAAUGUCUUCCAUGGCUGGCAAUAAUGCUCCGACUUGGAACUGGAUACAAUACCCUCAUGCGCCGGAAGUGCAGUCUCAUGCUACUCGUGCUUCACAGGAUGUCAGCUCAUGCCCCCGAGCUUUAAAUUAUCCAAUCCAGCACCCGGCACCAGUGGCUGAUACGACCCCUCUGGCACACGAAAACGGAAUUGUUUUCGCGCAAUCUUCGCAGAAUGUUCCUAAUGCCACUGCCACUACCAACAAACGGUUUUCUACGUCGUCAAACUUAUUUGGCAAAACCUCGAUUGAUUCUGCACCACAAAGUAACGAAGAUCGCCAGGAAACGCAAUUCACAGCAGAUGGUCACGAUAUUAUGAAGCGUUCCAAGUCCAAGGCAAGCGAUCGAAGGAGUCGACAAAUUGAAGCAAAAAAACAGAGAGAAUCCACAAGUUCAUUUGUUGGUCUGGCUUAUGAUUCAGCAGAUGUGGCAUCUCCUGCCCAAGUGGAAUAUAUCCAACCUCAAGACACACCUGUAGCGGAGAAUUUUGAAGGACGAGCGAAGGUCAGAUCUGGGUAUUUCGCGGCUGGAGCGUAUCCCCGUAUCUCGACCUUACCCAGUGCAACGUAUUCGAUUGCAACAGCCACAAGGAUAAAUGUUGCCCAAAGGAAUUCGUUUUCUAAGGAAAAAUUUUCGUUACAAAGGUCGAAUUCAAAAAGGAUAAGAGAUACUCAGGCCUUGACAUAUGCAUUAGGAUUAGCAUCCCCGAAGACAGAUGCUGUGUACGGAGUCACUUCGCCUCAACCAACAAUAUAUCCUGAUGAUUCGAUGAGCGUUGUGGAGGCCAGGCGACCCAAGAAACGGGGCGCCAUGGCCGAUAAAAGGACAGUGGAGCCCGUUCCGGAUGUUCCAGUCAUUUUACCAACCCAAAUGGUAGGAAGUAAGAGCAAUGGCUCGUUAACUUCAAUGAAUUUUGGAGCGAGCCAGAUGUCUUUGACGAACCUGGUGCUGGAACAGGCUUCAGAGCAGCAUGAACCCCAAGUUCAUAAGACAGAUAAACCUCCCCGUGUGCCGUCACCACCGCCGCUGCCAUCGUUAACCCAAAUGGCCUUAGCUCACAGUAAUCCAGAAGCGUAUGCGAACUACAGGAGUCCUACAUAUAGUUUAUAUGGCUUAUACGAAGGUGUUUCGGACAGAAAGAGCGUCGUCAGAUAA